UACUAAAUCUAUUCAAGACAAUGAAACUUAUCAUCAUAAUCAUCAAAAAUUGAAUGUUUUUCAUUGGUAAUAAUACACUUGUACUCCUUUUCUUUACUUGAAAAUUACAAAUUCAAUUUGACAUACAUACUACUUUUCCCUAAGAAAACUUACCCAUUAAAUGUUUUUUCAAUUGGAUUAUUGUUUUGAUCUCAUAACAUUGGUUUUAUCCCCCUUUAACCCCUUCCUUUAUAGUGCAUUCUUGCAUCUGAAGAGAACGAAUAAGCAAUUUUUGUGGAGCCAUCAAAGCGAGGAAGGUUUCUACUGAUACACUGUAUCCCAAGUACCAUUUCCACUAAAUUUUUGUUUUUUUUUUUUUUACUAAACACAUUUUGGUUGAAUUGAUACUAUCUGGAAACUGUUAAAAUCUCUUUUAUUGGAUAUAGAUCUUUGGGAUUUAUAUGGUGAAAGAUAAGGAGAAUCUAACUCUUGACGAUGUAUUGCAAUCUGGAAAGAAUUUGUUGGCUGCAGGUUAUUGCAUGUAUGGAAGCUCUUGCAUGCUAGUCCUUAGCAUUGGAAAUGGCGUCAAUGGCUUCACGCUCGAUCCAUCUAUUGGGAAGUUUAUAUUAACUCACCCAGAUAUCAAGGUUCCAAAGAAAAGAAAGAUCUAUUCAACAAAUGAAGGAAAUGUCCAGUAUUGGGAUGAACCAAUGUAGCUAAAAUUUGGCAUGGUACAAAUUAGAAAUUAGUAGAAAUUAGUUUUUUGGGCGGUACAGAUUAUCUUUAUGGUGUGGUACAGAUUUCUUUUUAGA